AUGUCUGACACGCCCGAAACUACAAUGCCCGCUUCUGGCAGUAAGAGGGGCCGUGGUCGUGGCGGUGGUCGUGGAAGAGGAGCUCGAGGAGCUCAUACGCCUGCACGAGCCAACACGCGAAUAGAUGCUGCUACUUCUCAGGAGGAGAGUGGUAAGAGUAAUUCAAGCGCGGGAGAGAAAGCUCGGGCAGCCUCUCGAGACUUCUCUCAAAAGCCUUCGCCCACCCACUUCAUAUCUCUUCCCAUUGGCCACCAUGAAGCACUACGUGCCUCGAUCUCGAACUUCACAUCUGCGUUGUUACAGAGCACGCCGCCUAUCACGGGUUUUGACAAGUCUAUAGUAAUCUCUCCACGAAGGCUUCAUCUCACCCUCGGAGUCAUGUCACUUGCCGAAGACCCAGGGCUUUCAUCUGAACAAGAAGGUGCCACAUGA